GGCAGGUGUGCACGGUCUCAGCCCUGGUCAGGCCUGUGUUUCUGCACAUGGGCUGUGGGCAGGGACCCCUGGACAUGCUCCAGCCCCCAUCUGACAGGCCAGGCCUAAUGUCAGAUUCAUGCAGGAGGCCGCUCCCUCUAUGGUUAAACGGUGCCCCCACAUUCUGUGGCCCAGGGCUGUUCGCCCAGCGUGGCCUCCGCUGGGCCCCUGCCAACCCCUGCAGCCACGAUAGGCAUCGGUGGCCUUCACAGCUCGCUGCCUCCCUCCCAGCGCGAACAGACUUGGCUUUUCCCACAGGCGGGGGUGGGGGGUAGGGGGCAGGCGGGGAGGGGUGCCCGGGGGACCCUCGGACCCAGCAAAUCACUUCUGUUCCUGGGAGCUGGCCACACCUCCACGCCCACCCAGGAAUGGCCCCAGGGAGGGCAGUUCCUGCCUGUGCCUGGCUCCCCACGCUGGGCCAGCCGGGCUGGGGCCAGUCGGAUCAGGACCUGCGGCCGCCCCAUUAACCACGCCGGUAGCAGAUAGCAUCGCCGCCUGCCCCUCCGCAGUGUCCAGAGCUGGGGUGCAGGCGGUCAGGUAGGGAGUGCUGUGGGUCACAGACACGGCUGACCCCCACCUUCCAGGGGCUUCCUGGAGGGGCUGCGGGCUGAGUCAGGCGGUGUCUGGAGAAACCCCAGGUCCUGAGUCUGAGGGAGACCCACCCCACCUUGGCCUCCCGUUAGCACCCCUACCUGGCUACCGCACCCAGACUUCUCAUCACCCAAUGGACAGACAUAAGCCUGACCCCACUGGCAGUGCAUGGCCCCAGCUUCACAGGUGCAGAAACAGGAUCAGAGAGACAGGACCCAACCUGUCUAGUCUGGCGGGGUGCAAGAUGCAGCCCCUGGAGGCCCCCGCCCCGGACUCUGCCCCAAACUCGGCCCAGUUGGAGGACUGGCUCAGAGAGGCUGAGGCUGUGAUGUCUGCCCACGCACCGGCUCUCUGGCCUCCUACCCUGACCUCCUGGGCCUCCCCCACCAGCGGGUCAGCCGUGUCCCAGGGACCACGCCUCACGCUGGACCUGCCUGGAGACCCCACUCACUCCUGGCGGCCCCGGCUGCUUGGAUGGAUCCCAGUGCCCGCAGGGGCUGCAGGGGGACCCUGGGGCCUGCACUGCUCCCCAGAUGGCCUGCUCUUCCUGACGGCUGGGACUGCACCCUGCAUCCACGUGCUGGACCUCUAGAGACACUCCAUCCGCCACCUGCCCUGCCUUGUGCCAGGGGCCAGGGCCUUCGUGCCGGAGGACGUGGCUGUGACAGCUGCUGGGCUCGUGGUGGUCAGUGACCUGGUCCCCAAGGCUGUCCGUGUGCUGCAGCACACCGUCCGAGCCCCUCAAGGCCGCUGGGUGACAGUGGGCACCUUCUUGACUCCCCGGGGGCUAACUGUGGAUGCCCUUGACCACAUGCCCGGGGCUGUGCACAGCUUCACACUGGGCCCUGCCUUGGAGCCACUGGCCCCCGCCUCCAUGCUGGGCCUGGAGGGCCCCUGCUGGGUGGGCCUGGGGCCUGAUGGGGGCCUGGCUGUGAGUGAGGAGUUCGGGGACGUGCGGCUGUUUGGCAGUGCCCGCCAGCCCCUGUGCUCCCUGGGAGACCUGACUGAGCACCACUUUGGCACCCUGGCAGGCGUGUGCACCGACGCAGCGGGCAGUGUCAUUGUGGCGGACGAGCAGCGGCGCCAGGUGACCCUGUUCCCCCGGGCCAGGGCACCCAUCUGCCUGGUGUCCGAGGGGCUGAGGUGGCCCCUGGGUGUGGCCUGUGCGCCCCAGGGCCAGCUCAUGGUGGCGGACGCAGAGGACGGCUACAUCAAAGUGUACCAGUCCCACUUGGAAUUGGCCUGAUCCGGUGGGCUUGAACGGGAGCAGCCCCUCACUGUGCGUGGGUCCAGUCCCCGGGGUUUGGACCACGACGGGAGAAAUGUUCAGGGUUUGCAGGGUCCUCCAGGGCUGCUGGCCAUGCCUUCCUGACCUUGCACAUUUGCUGACACUCCUGAGCACUGCUGUCGGGCCCGGGCCUGGCCUCCUGUCUUCCUCCUGAAGAGGAUUCAGACUUGGUCGGCAGCCUGCAUC